GAAUUUCCACCCCAUCUUCUCAUGAGAAGUUAUGCAAAGCCUGGAGCCCUCCUUUAGUUGUGUGGUUGCAGUAUUCCAAGAGGCUGACAAAGGGAACUUGUAAAAGCCUCCAAAGUGGCAGUAGCAUCUCAUUCCACACAUCCUGCCUUGGAAUGGAUACCGAAGUAGACUGGAAAUCUUGACAAAAAAGUAACUGUUAAGGAGAGGGACAAAGAACCAUGGUUUCUCCCCUUCACAAGACCAGCACUCCAUUGUCCUCUUUGCUCUCCUCCCUUUGAAGGGUUCUUUCACCUCAGAAGCUUUUCAGUGUGGUACAACUAAGUUAAGAAGGCUGCAGGUUUUGGUAGCAGACUUCUUGACUUCCAUGGGUCUUUAGGCUGGCAAGGCUGCAUUUCAAGGUUUUUUUUUGGCAAUGGUUGGGAAGAACGGGGGCUCUUUGUGCAUGGAGCAACUCUCCUUCUGCUUACUCCUGAGUGUCUGCUGCAGCUGGUGGCAUCAGCCAGCCAGCUCUGCCAAACCCAAAGGCCAAGGACACCCUCACAUGAACUCUAUCCGCAUUGAUGGGGACAUCACCUUAGGAGGCCUCUUCCCUGUCCAUGGGAGGGGCUCAGAAGGCAAGGCCUGUGGGGAACUGAAGAAAGAGAAGGGGAUUCACCGGCUUGAGGCUAUGCUUUUUGCUCUGGACAGAAUCAACAACGAUCCAGAUUUACUUCCAAAUAUUACCUUAGGGGCUCGUAUCUUGGACACCUGUUCUCGAGAUACCCAUGCUUUGGAGCAGUCCCUGACCUUUGUCCAGGCUCUCAUUGAGAAGGAUAGUACGGAGGUUCGCUGUGUUAAUGGUGGGCCUCCCAUCAUCACCAAGCCAGAGCGUGUGGUGGGGGUGAUUGGAGCAUCUGGCAGCUCUGUUUCCAUUAUGGUGGCCAACAUCUUGCGGCUCUUCAAGAUUCCUCAGAUAAGUUAUGCUUCCACUGCUCCUGACUUAAGUGACAACAGCAGAUAUGACUUCUUUUCCCGCGUUGUCCCCUCGGAUACCUACCAGGCCCAGGCGAUGGUGGAUAUAGUCAAAGCAUUUAAGUGGAAUUAUGUUUCAACCUUAGCUUCUGAAGGCAGCUAUGGCGAGAGUGGAGUGGAGGCCUUCAUCCAGAAAUCCAGAGAGAAUGGGAGCGUGUGUGUGGCACAAUCAGUCAAGAUCCCUCGGGAGCCCAAACCAGGAGAGUUUGAUAAGAUCAUUCGACGCCUCCUGGAAACAUCCAAUGCUCGAGCUGUCAUCAUAUUUGCCAAUGAAGAUGAUAUCAAGAAUGUGUUGAUGGCAGCAAAGAGGGCCAACCAGACUGGACACUUCAUUUGGAUGGGCUCUGAUAGCUGGGGUUCCAAAAUUGCCCCAGUGAGAGAUCUAGAAGAGGUGGCUGAGGGAUCAGUCACCAUCUUACCUAAGAGGGCAUCUGUUAGAGGUUUUGAUCGCUAUUUCUCCAGUAGGACACUGGACAAUAACCGUCGGAACAUAUGGUUUGCUGAAUUUUGGGAGGAUAACUUUCACUGCAAGCUGAGUCGCCAUGCUCUCAAGAAAGGAAGCGCCAUCAAGAAAUGUACAAAUCGUGAACGGAUUGGCCAGGACUCUGCUUAUGAACAAGAAGGAAAAGUGCAGUUUGUUAUCGAUGCUGUUUAUGCCAUGGGCCAUGCCCUGCAUAACAUGCACAAGAACUUGUGCCCUGGGAAGGUUGGCCUCUGCUCUAAGAUGGACCCAGUCGAUGGUGCCGAGCUGCUCAAGUAUAUCCGUAAUGUCAAUUUCUCAGGUAUAGCUGGGACCCCGGUGACAUUCAAUGAGAAUGGAGAUGCCCCAGGUCGCUAUGACAUUUACCAGUAUCAGAUAAACAACACCACACCUGAGUACAAAGUUAUUGGACACUGGGCUGACCAUUUGAACUUAAAAAUGGAACGCCUGCAUUGGCCUGGGGGAGGCAACCGGGUGCCCACUUCAAUCUGCAGCCAGCCAUGCAAGCCAGGGGAAAGGAAGAAACUGGUGAAGGGCAUCCCCUGCUGCUGGCACUGCGAGCGCUGCGAUGGGUACCAGUAUCAGCAGGAUGAGUUCCACUGCAAGGUGUGCCGUCUCAGUGAGCGUCCGAAUGAGAACCACACAGGCUGCAUCCCUAUCCCCAUUGUCAAGCUGGAGUGGGGCUCCCCUUGGGCUGUGAUGCCCGUUUUCAUUGCCAUUGUGGGCAUCAUUGCCACCCUCUUUGUAGUGGUGACGUUUGUGCGCUACAAUGAUACCCCCAUCGUCAAGGCCUCUGGGCGAGAGCUCAGCUACGUGCUAUUGACAGGCAUCUUCCUCUGUUAUGCCACCACCUUUUUGAUGAUUGCUGAGCCUGAUUUGGGCAUCUGCUCCUUGCGGCGUGUCUUCCUGGGGCUGGGCAUGAGCAUCAGCUAUGCCGCCUUGCUAACCAAAACAAACCGCAUCUACCGCAUCUUUGAGCAGGGCAAAAAGUCGGUCAGCGCCCCGCGCUUCAUCAGCCCAGCUUCCCAGCUGGUUAUCACCUUUAGUCUCAUUUCUCUGCAGCUUCUUGGGGUUUGCAUCUGGUUCAUUGUGGAUCCUUCCCACUCUGUCAUCGAUUACGAGGACCAGCGGACUACGGACCCCCGCUUUGCCCGGGGAGUCCUCAAGUGUGACAUUUCUGACCUAUCGCUCAUCUGUUUGCUUGGGUACAGCAUGCUGCUCAUGGUGACCUGCACUGUGUAUGCUAUAAAAACCCGUGGGGUUCCUGAGACCUUUAAUGAAGCCAAGCCCAUUGGGUUCACCAUGUACACUACCUGUAUCGUCUGGUUAGCCUUCAUUCCAAUCUUCUUUGGGACAUCGCAGUCAGCAGAGAAGAUGUACAUUCAGACGACAACAUUGACCAUCUCGGUGAGCCUAAGCGCCUCUGUCUCUUUGGGCAUGCUGUACAUGCCCAAGGUCUACAUCAUCCUUUUCCAUCCAGAGCAAAAUGUGCCGAAACGUAAGCGCAGUCUCAAGGCAGUGGUGACAGCAGCCACCAUGUCCAACAAAUUCACUCAGAAAGGAGGCUUCCGCCCCAAUGGAGAAGCCAAAUCGGAACUGUGUGAAAAUCUGGAAACACAAGCUCUGGCUACCAAACAGACUUAUGUCAGCUAUACUAACCAUGCAAUUUAAACCCAGCUGAUGACAACUGAUCACAAGAAAAGGGCUGAUGAGGAGGAUGGACAAGAAAGUGGAAUUGAGCCCCUCAGCACAGAUGAUGUAUGUUACACUGGGGAAAGGGUGGAACCAUAUGUGAUUCCAAGGAUGAAUGUCUCCAUUCAUGGAUGUCUGUUUCUGAUUGCCGGGUUAUUGGAGGCAGCUCUUCAAGAGGAAGGCCACUAACAGCAGCAGAAAACAACAACCCACCCACCCCAUGAGAAAUAUUUGCCUUCUGUCAGAAGGAGAGGAACAGACCAAUGGGGUGGACAUCACACCGAGUGGAAUGAAGAUGACAGAUCUUUAGCAAGUUUUUGGGUUGGUUUCUUUUCCUUUGUCUUGGUAAACGAAAAAGAAAAAAUCCCCCCCUUUAUCCAAAAAAAUUGUGAGAUGGUUUGUGGUUGUGAAGAGUCUUUCUUUCUCUUAUUUUUCUUUCCUCCCUUCAUUUUUUUCAUUCCUGUCUUCUGACUUCUUCACUCUUUUCCAUCUUGCUUUCCCUUCUGUCUUCCUCCCCUCCUCCUUACCAAAUUCUCUGUGUUGCAAAAAAAUAAAAUAAAAAUGCAUUUAAAAAAAACACA